CCCUUCUCCCCUCUACACCCCAUUAUCAAAACCAACAUCUCUCUCUCUCUCUCUCUCUUUUCUCACUCUCACUCCUCAAAGAAAAUAGCAAAAGAACAUAUAAAAAAGCAAAAAUGGAACAAAACGCACCAGUAGUAGCGAAGAAGAUAUGGGGGAUGGUACGUGUACUUUUCUUCAUGCUAAGAAAAGGUAUAUCAAAGAAGAAGCUUAUGCUUGACCUCAACAUGAUGAUGAAGCGAGGCAAGAUCGCCAGCAAGGCUGCCAUAAACAACCUCAUGACUUUCCAUGCCGCCGCAGCCGCCGCCUCCUCCCGCCGCUCCAACGUCGGCUCCGGCUCCGACGACCCCCGUCUCUCCUCAGGAGAAUACGAAUUCAGCUGCAGUAACACUCCCAACUACGGCCCAUUAUUCAACCUCGGUAAGCCCCGCCGCAACCACCACCACUCUCACAAUUUCUUCGGGUGCGCUCACGCGCCACCCACCCUCGAAGGCGAAGGCGAAGAUGACGUCGUCACUGCCAAUGCCCUCAAGGCUGUUCUGGAGAUUUUGAACAAUGAUCAAGCGGUGAUGAAUGCGGUGGAGGCCUCUCCGGCUCUUCCCGGGUUCGGGCGGAGCCCCAUGGUAAGGCAAUUGAGGAUAACUGACUCGCCGUUUCCGUUGAGUGAAGCCGAUGAGGACAGCCGACAAGUGGAUGAGGCAGCUGAGGAGUUCAUUAAAAGGUUUUACAAGGAUUUGAGGCGUCAGAAGUGAAAUUAAGGUUUCUAUAUCAGAGAGAUAAUUAACCGGCAAGUCAAACUCAUGGCCAUAUAUAUCUACUAGAUGACUUUGUUAAUGCGUUGUUGAUAAACAAUAAGUUCGUGCAUAUGAAUUUUCUUUUGGUUUUUUAUUUUGUUUUUUAAGACAUCAUGAUUUGUAUCUUGAAAGAUCAAAUUUAAUUACAUGUAAUGUCCAAUAACUAAAAAAAAAAAGAAGAAGAAGAUGAAGUAGAUCAAGUCUGUAAUGAUGAUCUAAUGAGAGUUCUGUAUACAGCGAUUCCAAAAUUUUUGCCUAUAUAUAAUUAAUGGAUAUAUUUAAUAUAGUCUUAUAAUAAA